AGUUUGCCGACUGUUGUUUUAGCUGUGUGUGGAUGUGAGGAAAAGGAGAGGAGACAGCAGCUCCUGAAUAUCUCUGCGUGCUUUGAUUUGUACUGAACAGAAUCCAGAGUGAGUCCAGCAGCCCCAGUGGACAUCUGCUGGAUUUCAGGACAAGAGAGGAAUGGAGGAGGACAACCAGAACCAGGAGCAGCGGAGCAACAAGGUCCCCAGAAGACAAGCAGCAGACUGGGACUCUGAUACCAGCCAUGUUCAGGCGCCCUCAGCAGACGUCAAGCUGGCGACCGGAGCAGGAAAGAAGGACAUAAAGGCAGAGGAGGAGGAGCAGCCUGCAGCACCUCCUGCAGCUGCAGCAGCAGUGAAGGAGGAGGAGGAGGAGCAGCAGCCUGUAGCACUUCCUGCAGUUGCAGCAGCAGCAGCAGCGGUGAAGAAGGAGGAAGAGGAGGAGUAUGUGGUGGAGAAUAUUUUGGACUGCAGAGUGGUGAACGGAAGAGUAGAGUUUCUGCUGAAAUGGAAGGGGUUCUCAGAUGAGGAUAACACAUGGGAGCCGCAAGACAACCUGGACGUCGACCUUAUCACCGAGUACAUGCAGAAACACGAGGAGGAGGAGGAGGAGGAGGAGGAGAAGAAGAAGGAGGAGGAGGAGGACGACAAGAGGAAAGUUGUCAGUGAGGCCUCAGGAGACUCAGAGGAACGAGGGAGCAAGAGGAAGAAGAAGGAGGAGAAACGGAGAGGAGGAGAGGGACCCAAACGUCACCACUGUCAACACUGUGACAAAUACUUCACAAGAUCUGGAUAUUUAAAGAUUCAUCAGAGAGUUCACACUGGAGAGAAGCCUUACAGCUGUGAUCUAUGUGGUAAAACCUUUUCUGAGAGUGGUCACCUUAAAUCUCACCAGCGCAUUCACACAAGAGAGAAGCCGUACUGGUGUGAACAAUGUGGUAAAACUUUUUCUCAUAGUAGUGACCUUAAAAAACAUCAGCGCCUUCACACAGGAGAGAAGCCGUACUGGUGUGAACAAUGUGGGAAAACCUUUUCUCAGAGUGGUAACCUAGAAAGCCACAGACGUGUUCACACUGGAGAUAAACCGUACAGCUGUGAACAAUGUGGGGCAGCAUUCACACAUUUAAAUAACUUAAAAUCUCACCGACGUGUUCACACUGGAGAGAAGCCAUACUGGUGCGAACAAUGUGGGAAAACAUUUUCUUACAGUGGGGCCCUUAAAAGACACCAGCGCAUUCACACUGCCUCGUUGUGAACAUGUUUCCGAGCCAAGCUGUUUCCUCCUGCCUCGUCCUCAUGCCCUGAUAGCUGUGUUGUUAUUUUCUGAUCUUCUCUCCACAUUGAAGGCUGACCAGCAGUAACUUUAUCUUCUGAAUGGCAUGUAUUGAUAGAUAGAUAGAUAGAUAGAUAGAUAGAUAG